UGGGAAGCGAAGAAUCGUAAUGGCACACUUCAAAAUACGCGAAUUAUAAUGGUAUUUCUUCAAAGUUUGCAAUGGUAUGAAUCAAAAUAAGCCAUUAUUUGUCGGGUUGGAGUCCGGCGGCAGCACCCUCUUCCCACGACUUGUCUGUUCUUUCUCUCGGCCUCGGUCUUCCUUCCCUAGCGGCGACGACAGGGCGAGUUGACGGGCGCUUCGCCGGCGACGAACAUCCGACAGGGCUGCCACCCUGGGGAAUGGACAUGAUGAAAACGGUGGCCGACAUGGUCCGUACCGCGGAAGAGUGCGGCAAGGACGAAGCCGCGAGCAGAGUGUGGUCCGAGGAGGAGCACAGAGAGCUGCUCUACCGCCUUCAAUGGUAUGCCAAGCAUGACAGUGCCAGCAUGUGUAUCCACAUCGCAUUCCAUCUGCCCAACAAGACUGCAAAGGAUGUCGCCCUGCGAUGGCGGUGGUCGCAGGACAAGGAAAAAAUUGCCAAGAAAGCAGAGUUGGUACCGAAAGAUUCUUCUGGGGUAAAGGUUAAGAAGGGGCAAGGAACUAAGGGCGCUAAGAAAAAUAACAUGUAUCCCCUUUCCAAAGAUGCUCUAGAUUCCAAGAGUACUAGAGAGCUUCUCCAGGAUAGUUAUAUUUUUAUGCAACAAAUAGAAGAGAACAUAAAAACAGGAGAGUCGGGCAACAAUAGUGCAGACUACUUUUACUACGUGAAAACUAACAUGGAUGCUAUAGUAACGAGAGAGAACGAAUUUUGUAGAAUCAGCAUCCCUAUGCCUCCGAUAGAUGAGCAAGGCCUAGAGGAAAUCCUACGGCAGUCUGGUCACAGGGCCGGCAAAAAUGGUGCAUGAUGGCUGGAAGGCACCGCACAAAGGUGGAGAGAAGAAGAAGCAGGCCAGCGUUGGAAUUCUGAAAGAUGAAAACGUUAGCAUUGCAAUGAUAUGUUCUCUUGCCUCCUUUUGCACUCUAUCGCAACAGUGUAAGGUUUAGCAUGCCUGAAAGUUUCUUUGGUUUGAUUGGUGCUAGACGAUGUGAUUCGAGCUGUUCUCUGUUGAAUUUCUGGUGUCACUCAUUUGUACUAUGAGCGUAUAAAUGUAUCAUGAUUGUACGAAUACUCCAUGUAGGAUGUAAGUUUUUUUAGAACACAAAAACGGGCCCCAUGCCAAGAAAACCCGAGCCCAACCUCCCCUC